CACAGAUUCACUACAUGUCGUUAUUAUCACAUUUUAUCCUCGACAUGUGCAUCAGAGAAUGCCUAGGUCCCUCAUCGUAAUGGCCCCCACCAUAUAAUUUGCUACAUUCCAAAAAGGACGUGGAGAGGGAUCUGUCAGGCGACGUCCCACAAUUCCAACCAUUGAUCGGGAAUGCUCGCUCUACGGUGCUAAUGCUGUGUGUGUCCUGUCAAUGGAGAAAAUUAAGGGGCAGGGACGCUGAGGAUGGAGUGCAUGAAAUUACCAAUAACUGCAUAUUGUAACUUCAAACCGAUGGUAUCCGAGUCAUUCGAUUAUCUCUACCAAAGAAUUCCAGAUUGCAUUGUAAAUGUCUGAGAAACCUAGAGCCCAGUAUGAGGAAGACGACCAGGCCAGCGGCUGGCGUAUCCAAAGCCACGGCAGCAGGCACUAAGGCCCAGACUGGGGAGAGAGUCAAGCCUGAGGGCGCCAACAUGGGCACAGCCAGCAAGAAUACGGCCAAGACCUCCUCUACCGCACCACUCUCUAAGGCGAAGAGCAGCGAUGACUUGUCAUCAGCAACAACAGUAGGCAGUGGAGCCUCUGCUGGGAUCAGCACUGUUGCUAAGUUCAAGAAGACUAGUUCUGCCCACUCUUCAACCUCUUCCACUACAGGUACCAGCAACCCAGAGGGCAAGACAAAGACUAGCUCAGUGUACUCCUCAGGCAAGCGUGGGACCUCCUCUGUGGUGAAGGAGCCCGGUUCAUCCCGGGAGGGCCUGCGAGAACGCUCCAGAACUGGCACCGCCAGCAGGAAGCUCUCUGGACCCUCGGACGCCUUGGCACCGCCCAAGAGAGUCCGCAGCCGGGCCAUGACUGAGUCCGAGUCCUGUAUGAGCAAGUCCAGGUCGGAUGGGCAGCUCAGCAAUAAGACGGUCCUGGAGAGCAGGGUGAAGGACCUGCUGGGCCUGGCCAAGAGCAAAGACGUGGAGAUCCUCCAACUGCGCACCGAGCUGCGGGCCAUCCGUGUCCAGCUAGGCCUGCCUGAGGAGGAUGGGGGGAGCAGAGAGAGGGGCGAGGGAGAGGAGACUGCUGAGGCUGAGCCCCCACAGGAACAGAAGAAAGAAGCCCCUACUCCGCUCAUCUAUACAGACGUUGAGUCCACCCUACUCUUGCUGCAGGACCAGAACCAGGGGAUCCGCCUGGAACUGAACAUGCUAAAGAGUGAGAACCGCAUGCUGAAGGACCGCCUCAAUGCCCUGGGUUUCUCCCUGGAACAGAGGCUGGACUGCUCCCUCAAAACCCCGCGAGACUCCUGCCUCAGCCCAGAGCUUCCCCCAGCCAGCGGUGGCAGAGAUGGAGGGUUCCAACGGGCCUCUUUUCAACAUGGGGUCUCCCCGCACAGCUCUGCCUGCGGCUCCAAUGAAGACCUUCUGGACCCCCGGCGAGCCAUCUCCCCUGAGGCAGCCGACAGCGAGUGCAGUGAAGCCUACCAGCCGAUCACCUCCAGCGAUGACGCCCUGGACGCCCCCUCUGGUUCUGCCUCUGCCUGCUGCUCCUCCUCUGAGUCAGAGGGCGGGCCACCGAGUCACUGCGAGCGCUCCCGUAGAGGCAGCAGUGGCAACACCAGCGAGGUGUCGGUGGCCUGUCUAACGGAGCGCAUUCACCAGAUGGAGGAGAACCAGCACUGCACCUCUGAGGAACUCCAGGCCACACUACAGGAGCUGGCCGACCUGCAGCAGAUCACCCAGGAACUAAGCACAGAGAACGAGCGGCUGGGCGAGGAGCGGGUCAUCCUGGUGGACUCCUUGUGCCAGCAAGGUGACAGGCUGGAGUUGUAUGGCCAGCAGAUGGACUACUUCCGGGGCCUGCUGGACGAGCACCGCGUGGCCUACGCCCCGGUCGACGUGGAGGACACUAAGAGCAGCCGCUACCUGGAGCUGGAGCGCCGCUACGUGGACCUGACUGAUGGGACCCACUUCGAGAGGGAGCAGCUGCUGGGGGUGCAGCAGCGCCUGAGCGGGGCACUGAAAUUGGCCGAGCAGGACAACGCAGAAGCCCAGGGUCUGAUAUCAGCGCUAAAGGAGAGGGUGCACAUGGCUGAGCGGCAGGCUGAGAUGGAGCGCAGGGAUAGGGCAGCAGCUGCCACAGAGCUGGAGGUCCUGAGGGAGGCGGCCGGGGGGGAGCAGGCGGAGUUGGCUCGAUGCAGGGCCCAGCUGGAGCAGGAGAGACAGAGGGUGGCUGACCUCUGCUCCAUCCACAAUGCCGGGGACAAGAUGGACAUCCGCCACCAGCUGGAAAGCGAGAGGAGGGACAAGGAGAGGGCAGAGGCGGAGUCUGCUCAGCUGCAUGUGGAGCUGGACCACACCCGCGACGAGGCCGCCAGGCUGGAGGACGGUAUCAGCAAGCUGGAGGAGAACUUCCGUGCGUUUCGUGAUGAGGUACAGAAGCAGCUAGCAGAGCAGAAGCGGGCCCUGGCACAGCAGUGUUCUGAGCUGGAGGAGAGGGACACUGAGGUCUCAGACAUGAAGGAGACCAUCUUUGAGCUGGAGGACGAGGUGGAACAACACCGAGCCGUAAAACUCCACGACAACCUCGUGAUCACAGACCUGGAGAACUCCGUCAAAAAACUGCAGGACCAAAAACAUGACAUGGAGCGUGAGCUCAAGAUGCUGCAUCGAAAGCUACGGGAGGAGUCUAUGGAGUGGCGUCAGUUCCAGGCCGACCUGCAGACGGCGGUGGUCAUCGCUAACGACAUCAAGUCCGAGGCUCAGGAGGAGAUUGGGGAUCUGCGGCGCCGCCUUCUGGACACACAGGAAAAGAAUGAGAAGAUGAGCAAAGAGCUGGAGGAGAUCAAGAAGCAGGAUGAGGAGAGGGGCAGGGUGUAUAACUACAUGAAUGCGGUUGAGAGGGACCUAGCUGCCCUGAGGCAGGGCAUGGGUCUCAGCCGACGCUCCUCUACCUCCUCUGAGCCCCCUCCCACCGUCAAGACCCUUAUCAAGAGCUUUGACAACGCCUCCACUGCAGGCCUUGUCCCAACCUCCCCCACAGCAGCCGUGCCAGCAGUUACCACAACGAUUGCCCGUACACCCCUCAGCCCCAGCCCUCUGAAAACCCCACCCGCUGCUGCUAUCUCUCCCAUACAGGCUUCCAUAUCUUCUCCCUGGACCUCCUCAAUGUCCACCUCCUGAACAUCAGAGUCUGAGGCCUUAUCUUCACUGUCACUUUCCAACCUUGUUGACGAGAAUGAGAAUGAGAUUGGGGCAAGGACCGUCCUGUUCUGUGCCAAUGGGAUGCUAGAUCUUCACUGGGCUCCAAUGAUAAUUAGUUUCCUGUUGGUUAUCCCACUCACUUUUACCCAGCCUCCUUCAUCCUUGGGUGUCAAAGCAAGACUCAGACUACGAGUAAUUAAUUGGGCUGUAUAAUCCAGGAAGCCAUAUGUAUUGAUGCGCUUUAACAUUAGGAUUUUGAUAGCAAGGUAAAACAAAGCCCCUAAGAUCUUUUUUAUUUUCUGUUGUUGUAAUUAUAGUUUUUAUUUCCUUUCACGAUAUAACAACAGUGCAGUUGAAUUUCAUUUGAAUUUCAUUCAGACAGCAACGGAAUGUGUAAAAGGUCAAGGGGCAUUAACACCCCCUGAACGCACCGCACACACAACAAAGAUAGAAAACGAAACAAACGUUUCAUUUUUCACCCUCCCCAUAACAGCUAUUACAACAAAAGGACAAACUAAACUAAGAAAAAAGGCCGUACCCCUACCAGUUGUCUAUGAAUGUCUGUAGUCUAUCAGGCCAUUACAGAUUGUUUUCUCUGUCUGUCCUUGAGAGAAUGUCCCCAGAUGUCAGAAAAGUUAUCGGGUUUUCCAUUCAUUUUAUAAAUUAAUCUUUCAUAUGAAGCUGUUUCUAUAGGCUAUAGACCAUUUCUUAUGAGGGAAGGUCCUUCUCCAGCCAGUGUCUCAGUAUUUUGGGUAGCUCUAAUAUAGGGUGUCCACCCUCUCUGCCCAGAGUGGUUGAAAUCGUGCUGUGGUGAUGAAAUUUCACUUGCUUAUGUCAAAAAAUAGAUUUUACCAAGACAUAUGAUUCUUUAUGUUCUGAAUCAUUCAGUGGGGUCUUUCUCUAACAUGUCAUUAACAUUAUAUCCAAAAAGUCAGAUUUCGUAACCUAUUACAUCCGAUAAUAAGUACCGAGAUCUGACAGAGCAGUACCGCUUUCUCUUGUGGUCGUCUGCAAAGUUGUUUCCUCGGGUCAAAAAGGCUUUGAAAAUAACACGCUUGCAGUACGCUCUUUGCUCCAUUGACAUUUCACAAAGAUAUGCUUGUUUUUUGUGAAAUCUUCGCGAAAGAACAGGAAUUUCACAUUAAUCUGAAGAGCGUUAACUAAACUGAAAAUACUAUGUCAUGUCUCAAUCGAUAUCUAUCCUACCUCUUUUUUUUUUUUGUCCUCCGAGUUUGAGAAGAAAGAUAACAAGUUCAACUGUGAGCCUGUCAGUUAGCCUUAAUUCUCCCACUGCAUCCAGCCUAGUUGAUGCAAUGCUAUUUUCCAGAUAUUUUAGGGUAAAAAUAUGCCCCCUUUUUUAUUUUUUUCAGCCUCCAUUGAUUUAGUCACCCAAAUUUUGUCCAUCCGAUCCUGCAAUGGUAAAAACUCCAAUAACUUUGAAACGGAUUAUGAUGGAUACAUUGGUUUUCUUAGAGGAGUGUAUACCCAAUUAACAUUAUUUUACCCAUUGGACAAAAUAUGCGUUUUUGAUUGGAUACCCUACUUCUUGAGUAGUUCUGUUAUACUGUCCUCAUUAAUGAACAAUGUUGCUGUAUAUGCUAGUGUGUAUGUUUGAUUGUGCUAUG